GGACAGACUUCGCCAUUAACAAACCGGUCUCGGCCUCCCCGUAGCUUCAAUUGCUGCUGGUUUUUGCUUCAAAAAGCACUACAACUCAUCAUCAAUUACGAGAAGAAGACUCCAAUAAAUUUUCCUCUCCCAAUGAGUGGUUCAGGGAAGUGGAUCAAAUCACUAAUCUCAACCAGAAAGACCCACACAAGCGAUGACGAAGACAAAAGGAGUGAAAAGAGCAAGAAGAAGUGGAGGCUAUGGAGGAGAGAUCGCAUGGUGGCGUCAGAGUCACGGGAUUACUCCGAUCAUGCAUUCGUUGCUGCGGUGGCCACUGUAGUUCGAGCUCCACCGAGAGAUUUUAUGGUGGUCCAGCGAGAAUGGGCCGCGAUCCGGAUCCAAACGGUCUUUCGUGGGUUUUUGGCAAGACAAGCUUUGAGGGCCUUGAAAGCAGUGGUGAGGAUUCAAGCUAUCUUUCGUGGUCGUCAAGUUAGGAAGCAAGCUGCUGUGACACUGAGGUGCAUGCAAGCUCUUGUUCGAGUUCAGGCUCGAAUAAGGACACGGUGUACAAUAAUGUCUUCAGAAGGUGAAACUCCACAGAAAUUUGUCAAUGAAUAUCCCGACAAAGCUGAUGCUGCUGAAAAUGCUGAGCAAAGAUGGUGUGAUAGCCCAGGAUCUAUGGAUGAAGUUAGGGCAAAGCUACAAAUGAGGCAAGAAGGAGCCAUCAAGAGGGAUAGGGCACUUACAUACUCUCGUACUCAACAGCAGAUAAGGUCGAAUAGCAGCCCGAAUGUGAGAACAAAUAAGCAUGUGAUGUCUAUGGAUCAUCAAAGGCUUUCUAAGAAAGGUGCGGCUAGAUGGAGCUGGCUAAACAGUUGGAUGGCUGCCAAGCCUUGGGAAGACAGGUUGACGGAUGAGUUCUACAACGAUCCAUCAAAAACCCCAUUUUCUAUGAAAAGUGAACGUCACAGUUUUGGCACUCUUGCUUAUUCUUCUGAACAUAGCUCUACAGAAGUAAGAAGGAACAAUGUCACAACGAAAGUAUCUGCUAGACCUCCUAUGAUUAGUCAGAUUACAAACACGUCCUCUGCCUCAACAUCUGAUUCCCCAUAUUCUGAGAGCUCAGGAUCAACUUCGUCCACAUCUGCAUCGUCAAUACUAAUGCGCAGCACGCAGUUUGUUGGCACAUUAGAGAACACUAGCAACCAAAAAACGCGUUACAUGAAUCUGACUGAGUCCACUAAGGCUAAGCAAAAGGCUUACAGAUAUGGUUCGUAUAAUAUGCUGAGGCAUCGGGUGGAGCCUUUACAAUGUUAUACUAAAUCAAUGGAUUUUUCAAUUGGAGAAAGCGGGAGUAUUACUGGUUCUGAUCCUUCUUAUAAGGUGUACAAAGAUUUGUAUCCACCAAUACCAGUUGAUGGACAUGACAGACUAAGAAAUCGACGACGUUAGCUAAGUUCAAGGAAUGCUAUUAUCAAGCUACAGGUUGACGCGAAGUUUGUGUUUAAUCUUUGAGUUCAACUACUUGUUGGCCUGACUGAUGAUAGUUCAGCUGAAGUUACAUGAUACACAUCAAAGAUUUGACACUAACAAGCCGAGAAAGCUUAGGAAUCAUUGAGACGUAUAUUAUAGAUAUUUGGAGUCAAUAUUGGUUUUUUCUUUAGAAGAGGUGUGCAGUGAUGAUUGUUUAAUGUUUGGUGUGCCGAUGUUGUCUUGUACUCCUUUUCAUUUUGUGUCUUUCUUGGGUGAUGAUUGAUCAAGUGUGUAAUCCCUUGAUGAAUGUGGUUUCCACCACUUCAUUGAUUGAUGUUAUAAAUCAAAUUAGGUUUGAAAGUAAGACAUUGUGCUCUGUUUGUAACACUAUGUUCUACUUUGAUAGUGAUUAUGAUCAUCUAAGUGUUGGACCAAAGGUCCUACAUUUUAGUUUUGAA